AAAAUGGCGGACAUGGUAGGGAAGAUUGAUAUAAAUAUGACAUAGAGAUCGGCAGACAUUGACAGAGAGAAAUGGGGACUCCGAAGCGUGGGUUUGAUACCUCCAGGGACUUUGUCACCCAGUACACAUCUGAUGAGACCGAUCGGAUAGUAAUGAGAAUUAACAAUGGUGUACGGAGUAACAAGUACAAAGAUGUGGACUAUGAUAAACUGAAACUUUUGGCUGCAGAGAAAAAGUUCUCAGCUCACAAAUCUUUACUCAAAGUAAAAAAGAUUGAGCAAAUGUCCAAACAAACCAAGGAAAAUAAUUUGAAUAAACAACAUAAACUUGUGUGGCAAAAGGAAUUUAUCAGAUUAAGCAGUCUUAGGAAGCGACUUCAGGGUGAGAUUGAGCGACAUCGACGAGAGCAUGUUACAGAGAUGGGAUCGUGUACCAAUAUGUUCCAGGAUUUUGAAGAUUAUGAGUCACAACUCGAUCAGGAAUUCGGAAAGUUUAAAACACAGACAGCAGAACCUGUGUGGGAAUUACGGGAGGACCUACAGUUUUGGCUGCAUGAAAAUAUGUCCGAACUUAAGAUGGGCUCUCCAGAUAUUGUUAGGAAACACAUGGAAAUAAAGGAGACAAUCAAAUCAGUUCAAGCUCAACAAAGACAGGUUAUGGAGAGGCUUAAUUAUGAACAAGAGAGUCUGGAGCGAGAGUUAGGAAUAGGUGAGCUUGGAGAGAUGGUCCAUGAGGAACAGGAUACAAACAUUCACAUAGAACAAGGGAUACCAGAGGCAGCAUUUGACCUUGAAUGUGGAGAUUUUGAUCUCAAGGUCAAUGUCCUCCAAGAGUUUAUUCACAUGGACGAGUCAUUCAGGGAAAAAUUGCAUUAUUUGGAGGAUCAGCAUUCACAGAUAUUGAGUUCUGGAAAACAUGGUGGUUGGUCUGAAGAGGAUCACUAUACAUUUUGUAUCAUCUAUGAACAGUACCCCCAUGAAAUGGCAAAUAGGCGUAAAUUCAUUAUUGACCGGUUACGAAGACAUUUUCCUAAACUGACACGCCCACACCUGGUAAUGCAUGAGGAGUGGUGUGAGAGCAACAAAUAUUUCCGUAAGCGUAAACAAGUGUUAAUGGCCGCCUGGCAGAAAGCCAGAGAUGAGCUUUUUUACAAGGCAAAGGCUGUUUUCAUGGAGGCUGACAUUGCAGCAGAAUUGGAGGAGGUCAAGAUAGAGUACCUUCGCAAACAGAAACAAGUGAAGCAGGCACUGUUUGAAAAGAUACACCAGUGGCGAUGUCAGAAGAUGGAAGCCAUGGUUAUACAACAGAAUAUACUAGAGAGACAACAAGAGGAACUGAGGAUGCAAAACAAGAUGGAGGCAGAGCGUGACAGGAAACGCAGAGCUACUGAAAAGGACAAAAUAAUUGAAUACCAUGAAGAACAGAUGCAGUUUCGUAAGAAACAAGAGGAGAGUGAUCAGAAGAGGUUGGAGGAGAUACAGAGAAACAUGGCCGAACAAGCUAAAUUUGACAUUGAAAGGAUCCAUUAUAGAGAAGAACAAAUUCAGAGAAAGAUUGAGGAGAGGAAGAGAAUGGCAGAGGAUAAAGAAGAGGAAGACAGAGAGAGAGAGGAACGACUGGAAGCAUUAAGGCUACAGGUACGAGUGGUAGCAGAGAGUGACCCAGAGAGACUGAUGAAAAACACUGAGGCGUGGGACGCUCAUGUGAAUGGAGAAAUAGAAGAGGAUAUUAAUAUUAACAGGCCACUGUUUGAUGUCAAUUCCUUCACAUCCAAUCAGGUGACAUCAGACCCUCGGAUGAAACUCGAAGCAAGGCUGCGUGAGGCUGGACUACAUAAUUCUGACUAUGCUAGGCAUAUCCUGUCUAAUGUGAAACCUCUCAACCCACCACGUAGGGAUAUGGAGUCUACUGUCUUCAAAAAUGACUGACAUGUCUCCGAAUUCUGCAGUCUCUAAGUUGAUCAAAUAUUGUGUCAUAUAAUUUGGACAGAUACUGAAAAUCAAAAAAAUUUGUCUGUCUCAAAUUUCAGUUUCAAAAACGGUUUCAUUGGUACUUCGCCAGAUAGCACGAAAUAAUAUCUUUGUAUCAAAGUUUUAAUUUUUUCAACUUUCUUUUCUGUAUUUAUUGUAAACGGCUUGAUUUUCAUGGCUUCAACUUUCAGAGUUUAUUACAAAAAAUCAGCAGUGAUCAAGUUUCAUUGUUUUGUCGAAGUUAUUCAAGGUGAUGAACAUUUAAAAAAAAAAAAACUAUACAGAGUGUA